AGCCCGGGGCCCGGCGUGGAGCGGAGCGUCCGUCCUCCACGUUUCUUUCCCUUCGUCUGCUCCGCGCGUUCCGGGCGAGGACACCGGCGCCCGCGUCACCUGGGAGCCACCUUGUGGCCUCUUCUCCGCCGAUCCGCGGAGGGAGCACUUGGCAAUCUUAGGGAUUGGCUGCGAGCGUGGGAGGCAGGGAGCGAACAGUUACAAACCGGCGUUGCUUGGGCGCCAGAGACUUUAUUUGCUUCGUUUCAUCCCAGCCCGAGUCCUGGGAAGGGGCGCCGUCGCCCCAUUUUACUGCUGCGAAGCCGGUGCUGGAGUGAGCGCCGACUCGCGCCUAGAUGCCAGCCUGGGCCCGGAGCCAGGGCUGGGACCUGGCGCUUCAGGGUCUGUUAUGAAAUCAGGUGACUCUUCUGGGGCGAAUUUUACUCCUCUUCCAGGUUUCUUUCUUUCUUGUUUGUUUUUGUUUUCUUUUAGUGUCUAACCCCCGAGUGAAUGUCUUCCCAUUUGGGGUCGCUGGCUCUCGGCGGUGGAAGCAGCUCUCGUUCACGGCACCCUGCUCGCAGCCCCUCUCUCGAUGCGCAGUAAAGCACAGGCACCUUCGCGCCGCUUCCCGCCCUUCUCGCGGAGGGGCCUGCGAGUGGAGCUCAGAGUUUAAAAGCAUCGUGGGAUGUGUUACCAUUGCUGGAUGCCUGGGAGCUUUAAGAAACUUGGUAGUAUGAGAUGCAUUCUGAACAGCUGCAGGAUGUUACCUGUACCCAGAGGGCUAACUGAACCAGACUCUCCUUAAUUCUCAAUGUGCCAUUCUGCCUUUCCAGACACCUUUGCACAUCUCAUAAAUGCAGUCUGGCAACUCUUCAGGCUGCGACAGAAGAAAGACUGUAGGGAAGAGCAUUGGUGUUAGCAGUCUAGAAGAUUCCCCUUAAUGAGGAAGAGUUUCUGAUUGUCAUUUGAAAUGCUGAGGAAUUUGUUACGAAGGAGACUUUUUUCUUAUCCCACUAAAUACUACUUCAUGGUUCUUGUUUUAUCCCUAGUUACAUUCACUGUCUUAAGAAUUCGUCAGAAACUUGAAUUUGUAAGCCUCAGACACUUGGAACUUGUUGGAGAAAAUCCUAGCAGUAAUAUUAAUUGCACCAAAAUUAUACAGGGUGAUGCAGAUGAAAUCCAGAAAGCAAAGCUUGAAAUGCUAACGGCAAAAUUUAGAAAACGCCCUCGGUGGACACCAUCUGACUAUAUCAAUAUGACAAGUGACUGUACCUCUUUCAUCAAGAUGCGCAAAUACAUUACGGAACCCUUUAGUAAAGAGGAGGAAGGCUUCCCAAUUGCCUAUUCCAUAGUGGUUCAUCACAAAAUUGAAAUGCUUGACAGGCUCCUAAGGGCCAUUUAUAUGCCUCAGAAUUUCUACUGUAUCCAUGUGGACAGAAAAUCAGAGGACUCUUUUAUAGCUGCAGUGAAGGGCAUUGCGUCCUGUUUCGGGAAUGUCUUUGUGGCCAGUCAGCUGGAGAGCGUGGUCUAUGCAUCAUGGAGUCGGGUGCAGGCCGACCUCAACUGCAUGAAGGACCUCUACAGUAGGGGCACAGACUGGAAGUACUUGAUCAAUCUUUGUGGCAUGGAUUUUCCCGUUAAAACUAACCUGGAAAUUGUCAGGAAGCUCAAGUCGUUCAUGGGCGAAAACAACCUGGAAACGGAGAAAAUGCCAUCUCAUAAAGCAGAAAGGUGGAAAAAGCAUUAUGCAGUCGUCGAUGGACGGGUGAUGGACACGGGGAACCCCAAAGCACAGCCUCCUCUGAAAACACCUCUUUUCUCAGGCAGUGCGUAUUUUGUAGUGAGUAGGGCAUUCGUGGGCUAUGUGCUAGAAAACGGAGACAUGCAGAAGUUCAUGGAGUGGGCGCACGACACGUACAGCCCGGAUGAGUACCUCUGGGCCACCAUCCAAAGGAUCCCCGAGGCCCCAGGCUCUCUGCCCUUGAGCUACAAGUACGACCUUUCUGACUUGCAGUCUGUUGCCAGGUUUGUCAAGUGGCAAUACUUUGAAGGUGAUGUUAACAAGGGCGCACCCUAUCCACCCUGCGACGGCGUCCACGUGCGCAGUGUGUGUGUGUUUGGAGCUGGUGAUUUGGCCUGGAUGUUGGGCAAACACCACUUUUUCGCCAAUAAGUUUGAUGUGGAUGUCGACUUCUUUGCCAUCCAGUGUCUGGAUGAGCAUCUGAGGCAUAAAGCCCUGGAGAUGUUAGAACACUGACCACUGCAGGCAGUCGGAGGAGUGAGAACACUGCGCAAAUGGUACCCCUGACCGCCUCCUCGGCCCUGAGGGAAGCGUCAGAACUGAACGGGGUCCUCUCUGGAGGGGAGGACUCAAGGCUGCAUGAUUUCUACAGAGCACAAUCAGCUAGAGAGGUGACAAUGAUAAAUGUUCAUCCAUGGUCAGCUCGAGGGGGCUGUUAAGGUGACUGGGAGCCCAGGGGAGGUACCGAGGUAUUAUUGAGAGGGGGAACAGGGUGGCCGGAGAAGAGGACCAUGUGGAAAUCAGCCUCAGGGACGGUUACAAAGCUCAGGGAUUUAACAGAGUGAGAAAUUUUUACUCGUGCCAAAAUUAUUUUUAGAAUUUAAAAUACGACAGUUUUAAUGAUCUGAAUAAAUUUAUAGCA